AUGGUUCGUUAUAAGGUUCGCCAGACUCGCGAGGCCGUCAAGGUUCCCUGCGCUACGGAGAUUGCCGCUCUCCUCAUGUGCUUCUCCGCGACUGGCGACAUCCGUGCGACCUCCGAGGGUGCUUCCGGAUGCGCCUCAGCGAUGCGGAAUCUGCACAAGUGCAUGGAGAAGGGCGGCGGUGGCGGCAAGGGCAGGGCAAGCUCGGUGAGUAUUGCUGUUAUGAUGGGAGACGGCGAGCCUGUCUUUGUGAAGGCUAUUUGGCGACCACUCGGCUCUGCAGCUACGCCUUGCGCAAGAGAACCAGCUAACUCUCAGAUCAACUACCUGCUCUCCAAGGUGCGAUAA